GAGAGCGGGGCGUUGCCUUUGAACGAGCACGACGCCAUGGCAACCAAUCACCACACAACCCCCGGCAAAAACGAGCUGAGCUGAGAAACCAGUUGAGCGAGUUUCGUUACGGUGGUGUGUGUGUGUUUGCUUUAUGCUGCCUAACACACACACUAACACACAUGCAUGAAACCGGGUCGUCACAUCCAUGCUGCUGCUGCUGUUGCUGCUGAUCCCAUGAGCCAUGGGCAAUAAGCUGAGCUGUGACUAGAGCGCCGGCAGUUUAUGCAGUGGCCUCGUAGCUGUAACAACGUCGUCGCUCGCCUCAACGCCGUUGCUCGUUGUUCGUUGUUCGUUGUUGUCGUCGUAGUUUGAGUUUGAAGUUCUCGCCUCGAACUCUCGCAUCAGCAUCAUCGCCGGCCAGAGAGCCGGAGAUAUUAUAACGGGGAGUCUCAGAACCGUCUGCUGUUGUUAUCGCGCCACGCGUUUCGCGUUUCACGCCGCUUCUUUGAUAAGCAGACCGCUGCGAGUUUUUAGCGUCGGCGAACCACAAGAAUUCAAUUAACAAAUCAAACGUAUGACAACAAAAAGUUAUAACAAAUUACUAAGCCCAGUGAACAAUUUUCAAAAUUUCAUAUGUGCUAAUCAAUAAAAAGUGUGUUGCAAACGCAAAACGAGUGCGUAGCUAUAUUCAUCAUACUCAUACUCACAAUCACACUCAUACUCGUAUUCGUAUUCGUAUUCGCACUUAUGCAAUUAAUUUGCAUGCAUUUGGUGGCAUCGGUUGGACGCUUGACAAACUGAUUGUCAAGUUGUCACAAAAAAGAAAGAAAGAAGAAAACAUUACGCAUCCAGCGUCCAGCAACAAGUGAUUUAUCAUCUAUCUAUCGCCAAAAAGCUGGCUGAAGAAUUUUGUGCAAAAGACUUGGAUUAAAAAUCGCCAAAAUUGUGGAGGCAAUUAAAAUGAAGACUGAGCUGCGUUCCUGCGCAGCGUGCGGCGAGCCAAUCUCGGAUCGAUUCUUCCUCGAGGUUGGCGGCUGCUCGUGGCACGCCCAUUGCCUCAGAUGUUGCAUGUGCAUGUGCCCGCUGGAUCGUCAACAGUCGUGCUUCAUCCGGGAACGUCAGGUCUACUGCAAGGCCGAUUACAGCAAAAAUUUCGGCGCCAAGUGCUCGAAAUGCUGUCGCGGCAUCUCCGCCUCGGAUUGGGUGCGACGUGCCCGAGAUUUGGUAUUCCAUUUGGCCUGCUUUGCCUGCGAUCAAUGCGGUCGCCAGUUGUCCACUGGCGAGCAAUUUGCGCUCAUGGAUGACCGUGUGCUCUGCAAGGCUCAUUAUCUUGAAACGGUCGAGGGUGGCACCACAUCAAGUGACGAUGGCUGUGAUGGUGAUGGUUAUCACAAGAGUAAAACGAAACGCGUACGCACCACAUUCACCGAGGAGCAAUUGCAAGUGCUGCAGGCCAACUUUCAGAUUGACAGUAAUCCGGAUGGCCAGGAUUUGGAGCGCAUUGCCUCAGUAACUGGUCUGAGCAAGCGUGUGACGCAAGUUUGGUUUCAGAAUUCGCGUGCGCGUCAAAAAAAACACAUACAUGCUGGUAAGAAUAAAAUACGCGAACCGGAAGGAAGCUCAUUUGCGCGUCAUAUUAACCUGCAGUUAACGUACUCAUUUCAGAAUAACGCACAGAAUCCCAUGCAUAUGAAUGGCACCAAGGGAGCCCUCUAUCCAGCGCAUGAAUCCAUGGAUGAGCUGUCACAAGACUCGAGCGUCCAUUGCAUGCCCAGCGAGGUGUGACUGGAGCAGUCCUCGCCAGCGCGUGCUCAUCGCUAGCACUCGAUGAUGAUCUACAUCAUCGGCUAGCAUGACAAUUGUCGUCGCUGUCGUCGCAAGAGCAAAAAGCAAACAAAACAAAACAAAAAAACAAGCAAAACACGUCCUUUCCUAGUCAAAAUUUUAUGUAAAGCGUCGUCGCUCAUAUGAAAUGCAAAACAAAAACAAAAAAUAUAAAAAAAAAACAAAUUAUACUAUACAAAAAACAUGCAGACACCCACAGAUACACACAAGAAGUCGUUAAAGAAUUACGAGUAUUUAAAACAUAAUCAAAGUCCAUCAAUUAACGCUGUUUGUCCAGAAGAAGCUGAUGCUUUGAGCAUCGGUAAACGAGCCCAGUUCAGCACAUACACACACACACACACCUGUACACACAUAGAUACACACUCAUACAUAGACAUCUCAGCAUACAUUCCUGCAUAGCCCAUAAACCUAAGCAUAGUUUAGUUAAUUUAAUUUAAAUGAAAUUUAAAUUUAAUUUAGUUUAAAUGACUAGUUGUUAAGUGUUUUUCUUCUGCUACUCUCUAUCUCUAUCCCAUCUAUCUCCAUCUCUCUCUCUCACAUUUAGUUGAUAACAAGGAAAAAGAACAUUGCAGCUGCUUGCCAAGGCUUUUUUUUGUAAAAUAUAUUUAUACUUAUUGUAUUGUACUAUAUAUAUGAAGUAUGUCCAACUAUUAUCGUAUCGAAACUAUCAUGUGAAGAGAAACGUUGUUAUUUGUUUAAUUUUCUUGUUUUUUAAAUGUAUAAAAGAAAUACCUAUAUAUGAUAUAUAUACACAGCUACACCUACACACACACAUAUAUAUAUAUAUAUACAUGCAUAUGGAGAAUUAUAUAUGGCAUUUUUGUAAAUAGUUCUAAUAUAGCCGAAAUUGAUAAGCAUCGCAAAUUGAUUAAGCGGAACUAAACAUUUAGUUAACACAAAUUAUAAACAACUACAAUUAAUG